AUGCAACAGAGUCGGCUGAGAAACAUCAGAAUUGUCGUUGAUGCGAUUUUGAAUCACAUGACCAAAGUGAAUGCCCAGUAUGGAAGAAAUGGAGAAACCAGCUCCGGUGGAAGCUGGUUUGACAGCACGGCUUUUGCCGAGAAUUUUCCUGCGGUGAGACGACGAUUUUUACUUUGGCUCGCCAAUAUGGGUAACGGCUAUGGUUACGGUAAUUUGGAAGACCAUGAUGUUGUGAAUUUUAUUGAUAAUCAUGAUGUCCAACGAGAUGUCACAUUUCACCGAGGGGUAGGUUUUCGUAUCUAG